AUGCCUUACCCAGAGACUCAAAACGCCCUCGUCUGCGCCGCAAUCGGCGAGCCUUUCGAAAUCAAGGAGCGUCCCGUACCCAAACCUGGGCCAGGCCAAGUCCUCGUGAAAAUCGUCUCUGCAGCUCUAAAUCCUGUGGACGAACUCAUCCGUGUGAAAGGUAUCCAUGUGAAAGGGGCUCUCAUGUCAACCUACCCCACGAUUUGUGGGAGCGAUGCAGCGGGGACUGUGGCCGCUCUGGGCGAAGGCGUCGACAACUUGAAGAUCGGGGACCGAGUCGUCUUUCAGAACUGGUUCGUCCCAGACCGCGGCACCUUCCAACAAUAUGCCCUUUCUGACGCCGGAACCACAGCCAAGAUCCCGGAGAACCUCUCCUUCGACGAAGCCGCCACCGUUCCUAUCGGGCUCGCCACCGCCGUCAUGGGCUUCUACGGCGGCAAAGCCAGUGAAGAGCGCGGUGGUGCAGGCUUGCCUGUUCCCUGGGAAGAAAGCGGGAGGGACAGAUUCCGGGACGAACCCAUUUUCAUCACGGGUGGCGCGAGCUCCGUAGGCCAAUUUGUGAUUCAGAUGGCUAAACUCUCCGGCUUCGGUCCUAUCAUAACCACCGCCUCCGCACAACACACCGAAUACUGCAAGUUCGCCGGCGCGACACACAUAAUCGACUAUCACACAACUCCCUACAGCUCCAUUCCCUCGGCCGUCGCAUCGAUCCUCUCCCCCUCCCCAACAGCGUCCAACCCGCUGAAAUUCACAUGGGACUGCAUAGGCAACGAAGAAACCAACGCGUUGUGCUGGACGAUGCUCGCGCCCUCCGGAACCAUGAUCGUGGCGAGAUGUGCGCCGGUUUAUUGGCCGAAUGUGGUGUUGCCAGCGCAGGCAACAGGCGACGGCCGCAAAGAGGGCAAGAAGGCGUAUUUCUCGGCUGGGAACGUUAACCUUCCGAUCAAUAAGGUGCUCGGUGAAAACCUGUACGCGAACCUUGAGCAGAUGCUGCGGGAUGGGAGAGUCAAGCCGAACCACCUUGAAGUUCUGCCCGGAGGGUUAGUGGCUAUUGCGGAUGGAUUGACUAGAAUCGUCAGUGGGAAGGCUGCCGGAGUGAAGCUCAUCGUACAUCCUCAGGAGACUGCCUAA